AUGGCAGGGCACAAUUUCUGGAUAUAUUUUGGAGUUGUAACUAUUCUGGGGACUCUAAUGAUUCAGGGUAAGUGGCGCAGUGGCAAACUUUUGGCACAUCUUCAGCGGCUGGAUGGUUGCCCUCUUCUUUACCAAAAUAAUCUUCGGUCUGCCAUGUAUAGGCUGCUCAGAGAGACAUCUAUCUCUAAAACAAAAAAUUAAAUUCUCUGGUUGACUUAAAAAAACUUGUUAUAAUACUUCUGAAAACUUGGUGAAUUGCACAUGUACUGUUGUAAAAUGUUAUUUGUGUGUACAUUUGAAGUAGUUAAGUAACAUAUAAAUAUCUUUCUCUCGUUGAAAGCACGUCUCUAAGCAAAUAUCUAAGAUCUAAGGUAUGUGAUCAUACUGCUGUGAAAUGGAUAAAAACAUGGUUAUAGUCUGAGUUCUCUUUUGUGUGCCCAUAUCUGAACCUCAGCAUUGUGAGAUUUUGUCUUUGUAAUAGGGGAAUUUGCCUUAGCAUGUUCUCUAGACUAAAUCACCUGUACCAUUGAGUAUUGCACAUGCAUUCCAUUUAAUUUCUCUGACAAGUCAUUAAGCACAGAGUCAUCUGUGCUUUGUCAUGAAAACGGCAGUGCAGAAAUGUUUGUGGUUGGCAUUGAUGGGCUUGCACAACAGCAGACCAGACAGUUUGCUCAUGCAGUGGAAGCUAAGGGAAAAACAGGGUUUAAUGUACAUUUGAAAAGCGUGACAAGGCUGUGUUUUAAUAAAUCUGCAGAAUCACCAAUGGAAAUGAAAUGACAUUUUUGGAUUCAUCUCUAUGACAAAUAUUAAAAAACAACUUGUGGUGUUUUACUGGCAUUGACAACAUUUAUACUGAAUUGAUGUAGAGCAAUAUUCAUGUCAUUAUAAUGGAACAGCCUCCACAUUUUGGAAUAUAAUUUUGGACUGGCAUCACAACAGGUUAGAGAAAAUGCUUAAAGUAUGGCUGAGGAAGCCGUGCUUUCAAAACUCAAACUGUGGUUAUCCAGAUGGAAACUGGAGGGGAAUGUGUGUUGAAUCAUUUGAGAUCAGAAUCAAAAUCAGAAUUACUUAAUUGAUCUCAAACUGGGUAGUUUUGGAAUGUGGUGAAUGGUAUGGUGUUGGAUAUUUAGUUUGUUGUUUGGUCUUCAUUUAGCAUUAGAUAAACAGAGGAUGAUGGGUACACACUGCCCUACGACCCUCGACCCCACAUAAGGGUUUGUUUUAAAGGGGACUGUGUAUUGUAGAAGAGACACAGUCACUCAAGGUGAGCUUGAACCCCAGCCAGCAGUGAUGUUGAAAUGUUUACCAGAGUGGUUAUCUUGUUCUGACCACAUUUUGCUGUUCGCUUCAUUAUGACCUCAAAGUGUCGGGUCAGCUGUGUGACAAAACUUGAACAACAAAUCUGACCUACAGCGACCGAAUGUUACCAAAGGUUUGAUAUAUCCAACCUGUCUGAUAAACACCACAGUCAUCAUCAAUAGUCACACUUUUCAGCAUCCCUCUGUAAUUACUCUGAGAAAACUUGAAUGUCAGCAGCAGAGAGUGAUCAAGUAAAAGCAUAGUCACCAUGCACUGACUGUACUUUGUAACCAGAUAUAGAAUAAUACAGCUGAUCUGCCUUAUGAGGAAUAGAGUGCAAGCUGAAGGCACAAGUUUAAAGUGAGUGUCUCUCUCUCUUACUGAAGAUUGACACUUUGCUGUUGACUGGGGUUGUGAGAGUUAAAAAAUAUGCAAGAAAAAAAAAAAGGGUAUUGCUUUGAAAAUGUACAAUUGAACAGUACCAUCUUAUGGCGGGAUCAUGAUACAGUACCAUCCAGGGUUCUGGCAGUGGAGGAAAAGCACAAUUGCUGAGAAAAUAAGAUGGAAUAUUUUCCAGGUUGCCCUACCUGUUGGAAAAAAUUUUAAUCUGGUUAUCUCCAGAUUUCACCCCCCAGAGGACAAAAAUACCUAACUUGGACUUCCAGUUGAGGAAAUCUUAUUUAGGCCUCACUGUAUGCAUUUGUAGUAUACAGGAUCUAAAGUUGUGGUAAAAAAAAAAAUUAUAAUAAUUUCCCCAGAGUUUUCUUUCAGUGGAUAAGAUGUGAUGUGGUGCAGUCUAGAGGAAAAUCUGAUACCUUGCUUCCCAAAGAGCCAAGUCUCCUAUAACUUACUUGUAACUAUAGUGGAGAAAAUGUGUCUUCCCAGCUGCACAUCCAGUGGGACAAACUUCUGACAUGGCGUGACAUAAGUGGAGAAAACAUAAUACUGUGGUUGUGGGAAGGAAAGAGCAUAGUCAAAUGCCAUACACUUGACAGAGAACCAACUGGUUUUAACAUUGCCCUAAAAACAAAGUCUAGAUAAGUCAAGGUUGUCACUCUGGUCACAUUGCAAGACAGCCCAAUGUAACCCAACUCCAAUGUGAGGUGUACCACAGGGCUCAGUCCUAGAUCCCCGACUGUUGCAGAUUACAGACUAUAGAAAGUUUUAAUAAUUUCUUUCUCCAAAUUAUUCACAGCUUCAUUUUACAUUUGAACCAAGUGAAGCCUUCAGGCUAUCUGGGCCUUUGGAGUGUGGACUAUAAGAGACUGGACUUCUGGGAAACACUUACAGUUAAAUGCAGAAGUACCCAUUAUUGCUCAAGAUAGAGACAUUCCAAUAAGUAUGAAAAACAUUGGGCAUUUCUCUUCUCCAGUUCAUCCCAAAUUGCAUUGAUUAGGACUCAUUUUCUGCUACUGUUCAAUAUUUGAAAGUUAUGCUUUGCGGCUCUGGAUCAGGCCUCUACUUUAAAAGAAAUAUCAGCAAAUUCAGAACAAUUAGUCAACAAGGAGCUUGAGAUGGCUGUACUUGCUGUAGUCUCAUCUCAAAUUCACUACCAAAAUCUCUCUUCACCUCCCUUAGCAAGUCAACUCUUAAUAAUCAUCUACGGUCAAUACAGAAUGCUGCAGCAAGAUUACUCACCAGGUCAAACAAAUGGUCCACGUCCCUCAAGUAUCAAAAUCACUUCACUGGCUCCCUGUUGCCUAUAGGAUCAUGUUCAAAAUUCUCACCCACACUCUUAGAAAUUUACACAGUGAAGCCCCAGAAUACCUCACCGAGCUGUUCGAACCACACUCAUCAGUUGAAUUACUAAAGGUCCAGCUCACAUACCUGCUGUCCUUUCCAUGGAUAACGUUUAAGACUUGGGGUGAUCAAGCAUUGGUGGCCAAUAGCUUCAAACCUACUGAACUCUCCUUCUCCAUCACUGCAUUCUGCUGACUCUGUUAAGACUUUUAAAAACAACUGGGGGCAUUGGAGCCGCAUUUGAUAUAAAUUUCAAUACUUGAUAUUUGGAAAUCAUACAGUCAGCUUGCUGUCUAAAUAAUAAUAAAAAAAAAUCAAGCUUAAAAGGUGUAGAAGGUGGUGUGGAUCUGUUUACAUAGUCUGACAUACCGGCCUAGUUUGUUGUCACAGUCGAACUGCAUUUAGAUAAAAACACAAGGUAAAGAAACUACCUCAAUGCUGCAUUCUCACACCAUAUGUUUUUUAAUCAGUUCUCACAUUCAUGGGUCAGAUUAUGUAUUUAACAAUAACUAAUAGUUAAUAGUUGUCAGGCCAUUCGGAAGUCAGACAUUUCACCACUGUCAUCCACAGUCCACUACACCAACUGUCCCAUGGGAGAAUUAUGAUAAGAGCUCCAAACUAUGUGACAUUCAUGCGCAAGACUGAACCUGGCAGACUUGGAAAUGAAUUGAACAUAGGAGUUGACAUAUUCACUGCUCUGUUGUAUCUGUUACUGUCACCAUUUUAAUCUUACAAUGAUAUUGAUGAUUUUGUGGAUGACCUGAAAGUGACACAGAGUCCUGGCUUAGAGCGACCCAGCUGCUGUGUAACUUGAGCUGUGGGUAGUGACAGUUGGCAGGGAAAGGGGCUAAGUGUCUGCAAUAACCUCUGCUUUUCUCCCUCUCUUCGUCUCUUCUGAAGUUCAUACUGAAAACAUGAGAAAAUCCCAGGGCUGCAGUGUGAUACUUAACAGACUCCAAGACAGUCUUUAACAAACAUUGGACUGGCUAAAAAAAGCCUGGCUAAGUUUUUUUUUUCUAAAUGAUUUUGACUGCCACACAUUAUCCCCCAAAAAUGUACAUAAACCCAUACUAUUUUUCAUCUUUCUUGUCCAUGCAGUUCAUUGUAAUGAGGAGAAACUUCUGCUCAAAGACCUGUUCCAAAACUACAACAAAAAUAUCCGCCCUGUUGUUCAUCCUGAAGACAAAGUGGAGGUUCAGAUCAAGCUAACCCUCACCAACCUGAUCUCUCUGGUAUGGACUUAACCUUUUAAUGUUAAUUUUUUAUUCUUCUUUUUCAAAUUUGAGUAUCAUUUUUCCUGUUGAAUGGAAAAUAUGUAUAACUCUUACAAAGGAGCAUGACCACAAUUCAGCAUCAUGUUUACAGAGCUGUAGCAUAGAUCAUUAUUCUGGCCAGACCUUUAAUCAACUGAGCAGUCCACUUCUAAUUUUAUUCUACUUGUUCUUCUCUUUUAUGACAGAAUGAAAAAGAAGAGACUCUCACAACCAAUGUGUGGAUUGAGAUUGUGAGUGUUCCCCCUUUUUUGUUUGGUUUGCACAAAUCCUGGCGUGACUGUUUUUAGACAUGUCUUUUUUUGCCAAAAAGACUUGGUUUCUGUCUCAGUUUCAGCCUUCAGUCAUGUCUUGUUGACCUCUCUCUCAAAUGUCACUUGCAGCAAUGGGCUGAUUAUCGUCUCGCCUGGAACACAUCUGAAUAUUUUGGCAUUAGCGUAAUUCGUGUCCCGUACAACACUGUUUGGCUUCCUGACAUUGUGCUUGAGAACAAGUAAGACAGGACAAAUCAACUCAUAAAAUUAUCGCUGCAUGAAGGGAAAUCAAAUCUUUUCAUUGUUGAUUAUGUCUCUGAAUUUGUCCUGUUUAAACUGUUUUUGUUUUCUAUCCUAAAUCACUGCAGCAUUGAUGGGCAGUUUGAUGUGGCCUACUAUGCCAAUGUAUUAAUCGACAACACUGGUUGGAUGUACUGGCUGCCACCUGCUAUCUAUCGCAGCACUUGUGCCAUUGAGAUUACCUACUUUCCAUUUGAUUAUCAGAACUGCACACUAGCAUUUAGGUAACUAGAAUUAAUGUUAUUUUUAAUCAGCAGAAUUGAGAAACAUCCAAGCUAUUAGUAUUUCUUCUCUUAUAUUGUCUCAUGUGCAUUCACCUCUAGAUCCCAGACAUACAGCGCCAGAGAAGUGGAACUCAUCUUAGCUGUUGGAGAGACAGGUGAAACUAUUGAGUGGGUGGACAUUGACCCUGAAGCCUUUACAGGUAAAGUACACAAAGUCCAUAUUUAACACACACACAAACACACACUCCUUUCUAAGCUUAAUGUGUUUUCAAAUCUCAGAAAAUGGUGAGUGGGCCAUCGUCCAUCGUCCAGCACGUAAGAUGAUCAACACACGGUAUUCCCCAGAUGACCUGGAGUAUCAAGAGAUCACGUUCAACAUAAUCAUCCAAAGGAAGCCCCUUUUUUAUGUCAUCAACAUCAUCCUGCCCUGCUCCCUCAUCUCUUCACUGGUCGUACUGGCAUACUUCCUUCCAGCACAGGGUCUGUAAGCCAUGUGUAUUUUCCUGCAAUGAUGUUACACUGAUCUUUUAAGGGCUGUUAUACAGCACCAAGUUUUAGAGUGUGUUUUAUUAGCUUUUUUCCAUAAGAAACUAUGACAAUAACCACAUUGGAGUAAACCAAGUAAAUUUGAUUUUAUUAUGUUACUUAAUUUUGAAGCCAGGUUUCAUGAUAUUUUGUUCAGUUAUCAUUUUUCAAAAGAUUUAUAAAAUAUUCCAAGCUAGCAUUGUUAGCUGCAUGUUAGGUUCCUGAGCUCAAGAGCACAAAAGGUAUGUGCGACUUAGCAAGUGUGGUGAUUUAUGUGAUGUGGAUCUCUGUUCUCCUAAAUCUCUGCUAUCCUCUCCACAGCUGGUGGACAAAAGUUGACUGUGUCCAUUUCUGUCUUGCUGGCUCAGACUGUCUUCCUCUUCCUUAUUGCUCAGAAGGUCCCUGAGACAUCUCUAUCUGUUCCUCUCAUUGGCAAGUGAGUCAGAGGGAUCUCUGCUGCCAUCUGCUGGAUUUUGUUUUUCUUUUCAGUUCAAACAGUUUGAGUCUCUACUUCAACAAAGGUCUCCCCUUAUGCCUCCCUCAGGUACCUGAUCUUUGUUAUGUCUGUGACAACUCUCAUUGCCACUAAUCAAAUUGUGGUGCUGAACUUCUCUCUGCGUAGUCCCAGCACUCACACCAUGUCUCACAGCAUCAAGCAUGUAAGUACAUUCUGUGCAGCUGAGUUACAUUUGUCAAUCCCAAAAGUUGUUCAUGUAAAGUAACUGAGAUUACUGUAACUGCCUCCUGCAGCUAUUCCUGGAGAUGGUACCUCGCUUUCUAGGCAUGUCCCCACUUGUAGAUGACAGUGAGGUGACAACGGAGAUGAAUGGAGUGAGGGAACGGCGUCGCAGUUCCUUUGGCCUCAUGCAGAGAGCAGAGGAAUAUGUUCUGAAACAACCUCGCAGUGAAAUGAUGUUUGACAAACAGAAAGAGAGGCAUACUCUCAAGGGAUCGAUUGGUAAGAAAUCUCUUUGUGUAAUCAAGUACUAGGUUCUGACUUUCCUUUAGGCCUCAGUCUGAUUUAUAUACAUGUCUGCAGAAGUACUUGGAUCAAUAUGUCAUAGAACUAAUUGACAGAUAAUUCCUUCAUUCAGUUUGCCAUCUCUUUGAUAAGCGACCCUUUGUUUGUACAUACUGAGACUGUAUAAUCUUUCACUCCCUAUUAUUUCCCCUUUUCACUGUCAAAGAUGUCUACCAUGGAUAUCCCUUUUGCAUAUUGAGAUCUAACUGUCAGCAUCCUUCCCUCUAGUGGAUAAUAUUGACGUCAGCAGCACUGCCAACCUCUAUAAGAGUUUGGCCCAGGCUGCACCUGAGAUUAAGCAGUGUGUGGAUGCCUGCAACUUCAUCGCAGAGAGUACAAGACAACAAAACGAUAUUGGAUCUGUGAGUGUUACUUUCAGCUGUAUAUGCUCGACCAACAGUUUGCGUGUAGUAUUAUUCUGCCAAGCAGUCUUAUGUAUAAUGAUCUGGACAAUUACUGGUUUCAGUCAAACUUUGAUUUUAAUUUUCAAAUUUUGUCUUACCUUUUUUUUUAUUAAAGGAAAUUGAAAGCUGGGUACUGAUUGGGAAGAUGAUCGACAAGGUGUGUUUCUGGGCAGCCAUUUCCCUCUUCAUCAUUGGUACAGUGUGGAUCUUCUUAACAGGACACUUCAACCGGGCACCUGACCUUCCAUUUCCUGGGGAGAACAAAAGAUAUGCUCCAAGUUAA